AGAGAUAGAAGGUAGAUUAUUGGUUGCCAGAGGCUGGAGGGAAGUGGAACAGACAGUGAGUGCUAACGGAUAUGGGGUUUCUUUUUGGGUUGAUGAAAAUAUUCUAAAGUUGACUGUGGGAUUGGUUGCACAGUUCUGUGAAAAAUGAUUGAAUUGUAUACUUUAAAUGAAUUAAGUGUAUGGUAUGUGAAUUAUAUAUUGUGAAUUAUAGCUCAGUAAAGCUGUUACCCAAAAAAUGCUGUCCCAGAUUUGGCCAGUGGGUACCCCUUUGAGCUGGCUCUCAUUUCUAUUUGACAUGCCCCAGCAUCGUUAAUUUUAGACUAGGAAAAACAAAAACAGAAACAGAAACAAAACAACAGGAGACCCCCCCAAAAAAAUGUAUUUAUAAAAUAAUACAUGAGAGGAAAGAGAAACAGCCAGGAGGUGGGCAGUGAAUAAGCGAGGACAUGUGGUUGCUCUCUCCAGAUUCCCCAGAAGACUCUCUCUCCUGGGAGACCCUAGGACCCGCAGGCCUUCCUCUGCUCACCCUCCACUGCGUCUCCUCCCCUCUGAGGAUGACGACCCUGCUACUCAUCUCCUUGGUCAGCUGUCUCGUUGCCGUGAAUCAAGCCAGCCUCAUCAACCGAUGUGACUUGGCCAAUGUGCUGCACCAGGAGGACUUGGAUGGCUUUGAGGGCUACUCCCUGAGCGACUGGCUGUGCCUGGCUUUCGUGGAAAGUCACUUCAACAUAACAAAGGUAAAUGAAAAUACAGAUGGCAGCUUUGACUAUGGCAUCUUCCAGAUCAACAGCCACUACUGGUGCAAUGAUGACAAGAGUCACACGGAAAACAUUUGCCAAGUGGACUGUCAAGAACUGCUGAACCUCAAUCUUCUUUCAAACAUCAACUGUGUGAAAAAAAUUGUGUCCGGAACAGGGGGGAUGAAGAACUGGUAAGGAGGCCAUGGUGGGACGAAGUUAGUGGGCGGAGCCUUA